CCAAUACGCGGAAACUUAAAUCUUCAGACCCAUUUCACUUUCAUUUCCGAUUCCCAGUUUCAGGCAUCUUCUUCUCCUUCUUCUCCUUCUUCUUCUGUUUAUAAUCUUGUUUUUCAGCCCAGAAUUUCUCAAUCUCGUAUCGAAAAUCUGCUUCGUUUUGAUUUGGGUAUGGGAACUCCGGAAUUCCCUAAUCUUGGAAAGCAUUGCAGCUUUGAAGAUUGUAAGCAGAUCGAUUUCUUGCCCUUUACUUGCGAUUGUUGUCACCAGGUCUUCUGUUUGGAGCAUCGUAGCUACAAUAGGCAUAGUUGUCCAAAAACUGAUAGGCGUGAUGUUACUGUUGUCAUUUGUCCGCUCUGUGCCAAAGGAGUUCGUCUCAUUCCCGAUCAAGACCCGAACAUUACGUGGGAGAUUCACGUAAACACUGAAUGUGAUCCUUCAAAUUAUGAUAAAGUCACAAAGAAGAAAAAGUGCCCAGUACCUGGCUGCAGGGAGUUGUUAACGUUUUCAAACACGAUUAAGUGCCGGGAUUGCUUGGUAGACCAUUGUUUGAAGCACCGUUUUGGACCCGACCAUAAGUGUUCGGGACCGAAAAAACCAGAACCAGCUGGCUUUCCAUUUGUUGGUCUUCUAAGUCGAAGUAGAAAAGAAGAGAAGGGCCCUAAGAGAGCAUUGCCCCCCACAACAUCUUCCUCUAGUUGGACUACAUCCCUCCUUAAUGCAGCCUCAUCUGUUAAAGCCUCAGCCGAGGCGAGCAUGACGAAGUUGUCGAAUGAAAUCAAUCAUGCUUGGAAAACAAAAAGCAGCAGCAGCAGCAGCAACGGAAGUGCAAAUGGACAAGUCGAGCAAUGUCCACAAUGUGGUGCUAAGUUUUCGUCAGUUUCAUCGUUAAUAGACCAUGUCGAAAAAGUCCACGAAAAGGGUGGCAAUCGACCUGGGGCGAAGAAGGUAGUAAUCGAUGCUUGUCCGAAGUGUAGUAGAGGAUUUGUUGAUCCUGUUGCGCUCGUGGAGCAUAUCGAGAGGGAGCAUGGUGGUACUUCAAGAGCUUGAGCAGCAUACAUAUGAAUGCAGGAAAUCUUGCCAGUUGAGUCAGCUACACUUCAUGAGGUACGAACGCCAGUUCACUCUCGAGUUUAAUUGUUUAAAAAAACCAUCUCGUGAACUUGAUUGUGUCUGCCCUCUGUAAACUUGAUUUAUUUUGGGAUGAAGAAAUCUGAGAAGUUCCCAUUUGUAGAAUACUUGAGUUAUUGAAUUCAUUGCCUGUUUCCUGCUGGAAGACUACCCAUUUAUCUUCUUUGCUCAUUAGUUAUCUUCUUUGUUUCGUUUUGCAA